AAUAGCCACGGCGAUGAAAACAUGUCUCUUCUUCUCCGUGCCAGCGAGUUAAAGAUCUCCUCUUGCUUGCCCGUGUGUUUUUUUGAACAGAGCUCUUAUGAACUGAACUAAUCGUUUUCAUCAACCCAGAAAAAGUCUCUCUGGUCGUGGUUCCAUGGCGUUGCCCACAUGCUUGAAGAGCGAAAUUCUCAUGUCACCGGUCUUGGGACGUCAGUUCUCAGGAAAUCUCGUGAAAUGGGACAGUGGGUUCGCUGUUCCAACAAGGCUCCGACUCAGCGGUAGGACCGAUGAUCGAGAGAGGUUGAAAAUCCGAGCCGCGUUUACUUUCCCACCGGCGUUUCUGACGAAAGGAGGCCGAGACGCGAAGCUGAAGGAACUCAAGCAAGACCUCUACGACGCCAUAGCUCCUCUCGACCGUGGCGCCAAAGCCACGCCUGAUGACCAGCGCCAAAUCGAUCAGUUAGCUCGCAAGCUGGAAGCUGUUAACCCAACGAAGGCGCCUCUGAAAUCUGAUUUACUCAAUGGAAAAUGGGAACUCAUUUAUACAACCUCUGUCUCCAUCUUGCAGAUAAAGAAACCGAGGUUCUUGAGGUCGAUAACAAACUACCAAGCUAUCAAUGCAGACACAUUAAGGGUGCAAAACAUGGAGACUUUUCCAUUCUUCAACUCGGUAAUUGGAACCUUGAGGCCCCUAAACCCUAGGAAGGUUGCGGUAAAGCUCGAAAGGUUUAGAAUUUUAGGCCUUAUUCCGGUAAACGCCCCUGAUACUGCUCGUGGUGAACUGGAGAUCACUUACGUGGAUGAAGAACUACGGCUAUCAAGGGGGGACAAGGGCAACUUGUUUAUACUGAAGAUGUUUGACAGAUCCUAUCGAAUUCCUCCUCCUUGAUCUUGUUUAGCGCUUGGAAGAAAUGUAGUGAAGAAUCGAAAUAAGAGAGAAAUGAGAGAUGGGUGUGUCUUUGAUCCAUUGGUCGUACGUUGUAAUAUAUCAGAUAAAAAGGGCAUGACUUUCAGAUA